AUGGCCUCACAGCACGUCUCUAAGGUAUUUGUUAUUGGAGGUACAGGAGUUCAAGGAUUUCCUAUUGUCAAAGCUCUUGUUAGCGAUAAGAAGUAUCAAGUUCGAGUAUUGACUCGGGAUGCGACAUCCGACCGUGCUAAAGAGCUUCUCGCUCUCGGCAAUGUGGAACUACUCCAAGGCGCGCUGACAAGCGAGGAAACUCUUCGUAACGGUUUCAGGGGCUAUGAUGGAGCAUUUGUCAAUAUCGACGGCUUUAAUACUGGAGAGAAGGCUGAAAUGUUUUGGGCUAUUCGUACGUACGAAAUUGCCAUUGAAGAGGGCAUCAAAUUCUUCGUGUAUGGCAGCAUCCCCUACGCACUCAAGCAAGGUGGCUACGACUCCAAGUUCAACGCCGGUCACAUGAACGGCAAAGGUAGAAUUGGACAGUGGAUCUUGUCCCAGAAUGUCGACAACAAAGAGAGAAUGGGUGCCAGCCUUUUUACAAUUGGCCCAUAUAUGGACAUGACCGUUCACUUUGGAACCCCCAUGGCCCCCUCAGUCGAAGAUGGCGUUGUAACUUGGCGCGUGCCACUCGGUGACGGCCUGGUGCCUAUGGGCUGUCUCGAAGACUGCGGCCACUACGUCCGUUGGCAAUUCGACAACCCAGAGCGUGCCAACGGUAUGGAUCUCAUUACUGCAAUUGCACCAACGGGUUUCAAUGAGCUGGCGUCUGCAUUUGCGCGUGUUACCGGUCAUCAAGCACAGUAUAUCGAUGUAUCGUUGGAUGAGUACUGGGAAAAUGGAGCAAUGUCUCGGAUUGCUCAUCUGCCAGCUGGUGUGGAUGCUGAGCCAAACGACCCAAGCACCAUGACGGUUAAGCAAAAUUUUACAGGAUUCUGGAAUGCCUUUAAACACAAUCUGUGGAAGGUUGACUAUGAUCUCCUGGAUGAUAUUCACCCCAAUAGGGUCAAGAGCGCAGAGGAGUGGUUUCGUCUGCAGGACAAGGCAAAGCAGGCUUCUGGGGGACAAGGUCUUUGGGAGAUGGUGCAGCCCGAAAAUGCGACGCCACUGUUCAAGCGAGUGAGGAUUAGGAAAAACUGA